UCCGGGGUCUCACCUAAUCCGCUCCUGCAGCUAAAUCGCGUCGAACGAACCUCUCUUCCUCCAAACCCCCCAAAGCCUCUCUCUCUCUCUCUCUCUCUCUCAUGGCUGCAGCGAUCCGCGCAAUGAUGCGAUCUUCUUCGCCAUCUCGUAUCAUCCAAGCCAUCCGUUUCAAGAACACGCUAUCCCAGCCGCACGAGUUCUCAAAGCCAACGGAUUUCCUCGGGAGCUGGGAAGCUCCCAAGGACCCGCGAGAAGCGGAGAAGAAGCUAGGGCUGCUGAGGCGGGACUAUGCAAAGCAGGUGAAGGAGCUCCGAAGGCAGUACUGGUACGAGAUGGAGUUCCAGCGACAGGAGAAGCAGCUGAAAGACGAGGCGGACCGGGAAUCCAUCCGUCGCGCUAAGGAGGAGCGCAAGGCUGCCAAGGCUGCCAUGGCGCGGACGCGGGCCGCCGAGCGGAAAGUCUUCGAGGACGAGUUCCGCGAAACCCUUUUGAAAGAAAGACGAGAAAAACUGGAAAAUUGGAAGGCGAAAGAAGAAAUGAGGGAGCAUAAGAAGAGUGAGAAGAAGGAGCUUCUACGCCGGCAGAGUUCAAUGUGGAUUGAUGAAGAGGAUGUGGAGAAGAAAAUAUUGGAGGCCGUUGUCGACAUGACAGCCCUCUAGAUCAGGUAUGCAACCAGUAGGAGACAGAAUCAGGAAAGGAGUCUCCAGUAUAAAAUGCAACUCCAUUUGCUAAAAAUGGAGAUUCUUAAGAAGAUUUGAAAUCUCUCUCAGAGAAACAUUGAUAAUUUGACCGAAUGUGAUCAUCAUAUAAGAUUCUAGUCACUGUACAUGUGGUAUGUAUGCAUACUGAUCUAACUGGCCGAAAUCAUGGACCCCACUGUAGAUGGUGCACCCUGGAAAUCUGAUCUAUUGGACAGCCCCCGUCUCCAAUUGAGGAUAUCUGUUUGUUGAAUAUUGACUGUUUUUCACUUUAAGCCUCCAUUUGAUGGUCACUGAUUAGAAAGGAUAAUUAUUUAGUGUUA